AUGAGCUCUGCAGAAGGGCGGCUCGGCGACUCAGCGACUCGGCUGCUGGGCGGCUCGGCUCCCGGGCGGCUCGGCGGCAGGGCGACUCGGGUGCAGGGCGGCUCGGCUCCCGGGCGGCUCGGCGGCAGGGCGGCUCGGGUGCAGGGCGGCUCGGCUCCCGGGCGACUCGGCGGCAGGGCGGCUCGGGUGCCAGGUGGCUCGGGUGCGGGGCGGCUCGGUCGCACUGCUGCUCGGCUGGUGCAGGUGGGGUGGCGGGGCCGCGAGACCAGGGGCGGCGGGGCCGGUGAAGCAGGGCCGGCAGGUGUAGCGGCGGGGACGGCGGGUGCAGCGGCGGGGCCGUCAGGUGCAGCGGCGGGGCCGGCAGAGGGGAUGGCGGGGCCGUCAGAGGGGACGGCGGGGCCGUCAGGUGCAGUGGCUGGGCCGGCAGAGGGGACGGCGGGGCCGUCAGGUGCAGCGGCGGGGCCGGCAGGUGGGACGGCGGGGCCGUCAGGUGCAGCGGCGGGGCCGGUAGGUGCAGCGGCGGGCCGGCAGAGGGGACGGCGGGGCCGUCAGGUGCAGCUGCGGGGCCGGCAGAGGGAACGGCAGGGCUGUCAGGUGCAGCGGCGGGGCCGGCAGGUGCAGCGGCGGGGCCGGCAGAGCAGGCGGCGGGGCCGCGUCGUAGCAGGCGGCGAGGCCGCGCCUGAGCAGGCAGCGGGGCCGCGUCGUAGCGGGCGGCGGGGCCGCGGCUGA